UCGUAUUAAAAGAAGCGGCCAGGGCUUUGACAGUUCUUCCAGUUCCUUUGUGCUGCCUUUGCUUUUACCCGCUUGGCUUUCUAGUUUGGAGCUGGAUGCUUAAAAUUGAAUAAAAUAGAUCAGGUCCCUGAGUUGGUGCCUAGGAUGCCAAAUAAGCUGAGCUACAGAUUUGCUGAGAGCCAUGGCUAUUUUUAUUAGAAGCUGAUACUUUAGUCUAGCUGUGAACACUGCCUUGGGAGAGAGUUAGUUUCCAGCGAAGGUGGGGAAGGCAAGGCAGGGUUUUGUUGAGAAAGUAGCUCAAAAGAAGAACCCAAAGAAAGUUAGAAGUGCAGAGGACGUCCCACCUUUUAAUGCACCAUCUCCUGCGAGAGUCAACAUUGGCCCUGUCAGAUCCUCUGAGCUGCUAAUACAACCUGACCUUUUUUCACAGUGUAUUUCUUACCAUCACCAUUAUGACUGAGAUUACAGCAGAAGGACCUAUGUCCACAACAACUGUCAUAGACAGCAAGAAUGGAACAGUUCCUGUGCCGCAUAUGAAAAUGUCCAAGAGAUCAGUAUCAGAAGAUUUUGCAACAACCUUCAGUUCACCUGCAGUAUGGCUCCUUGUUGUUGCUCUUGUCAUUACCUGGUCAGCAGUGGCUAUUGUCAUGUUUGACUUGGUGGAUUACAAAACCCUGGCAGGGCAGUCCAUAACCAAGCUCACCACUGAUCCACUGAGAAUCAUACAUGGUGCUGUGGAAGAGAGCACCAAUUCUGUUUAUGGCUUUCUUUCUUUACUGUCAGACCUCAUAUUUGAAGAUGAAGAUGAGAAUGGAAAAGGUGAAGGAGAGCCAUCCCUGAAAGUAAAAGAAGAAAUCCAACCGCCAGUCAAAAAGAAAGAGAUCCAGGUAGACAAGCCUGAAAAAAUAGAGACAGUAGAAAAGAAGGCACCACCAAAAGAAAUUCAGAUAGACAAGUCUGAACGGCAAGAGAAAAUAGAAAAGAAACUACCACUCAAAGUAAUUCACAAAGAGAAACCUGAGAAACCUAAAAAACUAGAGAAGACCAAAAGACCUGAAAAAGUAGAAAAACUUCCAAAAAAGGAACUUCUUAAAGUGACACACAAAGAAAAACCUGAAAGACAUGAAAAACUGGAAAAAAGAGAAAAACCUGAAAAGAAAAGCAAAUAUGAACAACCUGGAAAGAUGGAAAAGAAAGAAAAAGCUAUAGUAUCUUCCAAGGAAAAGCCUGCAAAGCAAGAGAAAAAGAAAACACCUCCUUCCCCAAAAGUAACAGAAAAAAUGAAAACUGAACGGCAAGAAAAAAUGGAAAAAAAAGUUGUCACAAAAGAUAAAAAGAGCACCCAAGCUGAAGAAAAGAGAAAAAAAGAUGUUAAAGAAAAAAAACCCAAAACCAAGACACCUGAAAGACUCAAGCCCAAGGAAGUCAAAGAAGAGGAAGUUAUGUCACCAAAAGCCAAGGAGAAAAAGGAGUCUGCUCUGGUGGUUAGAGAAAAGUUGGAUCAGAAAGAUCAAUUUGCAUUCUGUCGCUAUAUGAUUGACAUGUUUGCGCACGGGAAUUUGUACACAGGAUCAUAUUCCCAACUAUUUUUGCCACAGACCCCAGCAAUCACAUCUGUUCUCCCAGCUGCUGAAGUGGGAAAGCUUAACGUGACAGCUACAAAAAAAGUGGAAAGAGGAAAAAGGAUGGUCCAAGAAAAGAAAGCUAUUCCAGAAGUUAAAAGAAAAGAAGGAGAAGGGAAAAAAGUAGCUGCUGAGAAGAAAGUUGUUCCCAAAAUUAAAAAGAAAGAAGUGGAAGAAGAAAGAAAGAUAAUCCAUGAGAAGAAAGUUGUUUUGGACAUUCAAGCAAAAGGGAAAAAGGAGGAAAAAAAGAAAACUGCUGGGAGGAAAACACUCUCUGUAGUUAAAAAAGCAGAUGCAAAAGAAGCCAUUUUCAUCAAAGACCUAAAAAAGCCAGCAAAAGCUCCUGCAUCCCCCCAGCCGGUUUCCAUAAAAGUGGUAACACCAGAACCACACAAGAAAGAAAAGCCGAUAGAAAUAGCAGACUGGCCAAAGAAGGAUGCACAUGUAAAAGAACCUGAACCACAAAAGAAAGAAAAGCCAAUAGAAAUAGCCAAACUGCCAAAGAAGGAUAUGCAUAUAAAAGAAUCUGCAUCUCACAAGAAAGAAAAGCCAUUAGAAAUAGCCAAGCUGCUGAAGAAGGAUAUCCGUAUAAAAGAAUCUGAACCACCCAAGAAAGAAAAGCCAAGAGAAAUGGCCAAACUGCCAAAGAAAGAUGUGCAUGUAAACAAAACUGAACCACACAGGAAAGAAAAGCCAAUCAAAACAGCCAAACUGCCAAAGAAGGAUGUGCAUGUAAAGACAACUGAACCACAUAAGAAAGAAAAAACAAUAGAAAUAGCCAAGCUUUCAGAAAAGGAUAAGCAUAUGGAAGAAUCUGAAACACACAAGAAAGAAAAGCCAAUAGACAUAGGCAAAGUGCCAAAGAAAGAAGUGUACAUAAACAAAACUGGCAACCUUCCAAAAAGGGAUAUUCACAUAAAGGCAUCCGAACCACAUAAGAAAGAAAAGCCAAUAAAAAUAGCCAAGCUGCCAAAGAAGGAUAUCCAUGUAAAAAAAACUGAACCAGAGAAGAAAGAAAAGCCAAUAGAAAUAGCCAAGCUGCCAAAGAAAACUGUGCAUGCAAACAAAACUGAAACACACAAGAAAGAAAAGCCAAUAGAAAUAGCCAAGCUGCCGAAGAAGGAUAUCCAUGUAAAAGAAUCUGGUAAGAUCUCAGCAAAAAAAUAA